UGUUUUUAAUAUGAGUGUUUAAGUUUUCUUUUUGACAUACAUUUAAAUCAGCAGGCUCAAGUUGUAGUCUUUCUUGGCGUAGUAAAAAAAGAAGUCUCUCUACAAUAAAAUGCUGUGCUGUUACAAGAGAAAGUUUUCUCAGUACAGGAAGAUAGCAUUUCUUUUUUUUUUGAAAACAGUAUUUCAUACUCUGAAACAUUUUGUCCCAUGUUGUUUGUUAAAGAGGAUGGCAUUCCCUGUGGAUAUGUUGGAUAAUUGCAGUCAUGAGGAACUGGAAAAUUCUGCUGAGGAUUUGUCAAAUGUAGGCUUUGUACUUCUCCAUGAAAAUCCGGAAUGUUUUUCUCUUCUCAAUAUUACGAUUCCUAUUAGCCUGUCAAAUGUAGGCUUUGUACCUCUCUAUGGUGGAGAUCAGACCCAGAAAGUUCUUGCUCUUUUUGCACCUGAGGACUCACUCACAGCUGUGGCACUUUACCUUGCUGAUCAGUGGUGGGCUAUUGAUGAUAUUGUGAAAACAUCUGUCCCUUCAAGAGAGGGGCUUAAGCAGGUGAGAACUCUUGGGGAGAGAGUGGUUCUGUAUGUUCUGAAUCGAAUUAUUUAUAGAAAGCAGGAAAUGGAGAGAAAUGAGAUCCCAUUCCUGUGUCAUAGCAGUACUGAUUAUGCUAAGAUUCUGUGGAAGAAAGGAGAGGCCAUUGGGUUUUAUUCAGUUAAGCCUACAGGAAGCACGUGUGCCUCAUUUCUUACCCAAAGCUACCAACUGCCAGUUCUGGAUACAAUGUUUGUAAGAAAGAAAUAUCGAGGCAAAGACUGUGGGCUUCACAUGCUGGAGGACUUUGUUGAUUCCUUCACAGAAGAUGCACUUGGCUUGCGGUAUCCUCUGACCUCGCUCAUGUACAUAGCUUGCAACCAGUACUUUGAAAAAUAUCCAGGAGACCAUGAACUCCUUUGGGAAGUUGAAGGUGUUGGACACUGGUACCAGAGAAUACCAAUCACCAGAGCAUUACAAAGAGAAACACUUAAAAUUACAGCAGUUUCUCAAAAUGAAGCUAAAAGAUCUACAUCUGGAGAAUACGGUCUUGCCUCUGUUCCAGAAUAUGAAGCACGAACUGAAGACAGUCAGUCUAGUGAGAUGCAGCUAACUAUUGAUUCUCUAAAAGAUGCCUUUGCAAGUACUUCUGAAGGUCACGAUAAAACACCUGUUUCCACUCGUACUCGAAGUAGCCAUCUAAAGCGGCCAAAGAUUGGAAAGCGGUUUCAGGAUUCUGAGUUUAGUAGUUCUCAAGGGGAAGAUGAAAAGACUCCUCAGACUUCUCCCACAGCUUCAGUGAACAAAUUGGAGUCUACUGCACGCACAUCAGAGAGCUCGGAAGAAUUCUUGGAAGAAGAACCCGCACAGAGUGUGAUUGAAUUUGAGGAUGAAAGUAGUGAUAAAGAUGUUCAACCAGCACCAGAAACCCAGCCAGGCCUGGAAAAGCAAGAAGGUGAAAAGGAAUCUGCACUAGAGCCUAUGAAUGGUGAGAUAGUAGAUGAUACUCUUAAGACUUCACUCGUAACAGAAGAGGAGGACUCCACUAGUGAAGUUUUAGAUGAAGAAUUAAAAUUGCAGUCUUUUAGUUCCAAUGAAGACUCUACGAAUCUUGCGCCACUGGUGGUAGACUCUUCACAACCCCUUGAGGGUGUUGCCCCGGAUAAGGUUUCACAUGCCACUGACUCAGAAACGUUGCUGGACGAAGGUCCGUCUGAUGACAAGGGGCACACCGAGGAGAAGCUGCCUCUGGCUUCAAGGAAGAAGGCACAUUUUGGGAGUUCAGACAGUGUGGCUACUCUCCCAAAUGAAGAAAGGUCCGACAGUGCUUUUCCAAACUCUGUGAUUGCUGAAUUUUCUGAGGAAUCGAUCCCUGAAAAUGUGUCACCCAACACUACCGCCUCAUUGGAAGACCAGGGUGAGGAGGGGGUGGCCGAGCCCCAGGAAUCAUCUGCAGCUCUGCCUCAGAGCUCUCUGAUAGAGGUUGAACUUGAAGAUGUGCCGUUUUCACAGAAUGCAGGACAGAAGAACCUGUCAGAGGAGCAGUCUGAAGCGUCUUCUGAGCAGCUGGAUCAGUUGACACAGUCAACAGAAAAGACGGUGGACAGCAGCUCCGAGGAGAUAGAAGUGGAGGUGCCUGUGGUUGACAGGCGGAAUUUAAGGAGAAAGGCCAAAGGGCACAAGGGGCCUGCAAAGAAGAAAGCCAAGUUGACCUGAGUGAGGAAGACGUGCAGAUGAUAAAACCUCUUCUUUGCAAACAAGUUGUUUUUACAAUAUGGCGAUGAAUAAAUGGCAUGGGGCCCAGGACAAAAAUUCCAAAUUUUCAAGUUGAACUUAUUUAUGAUGCUGCUUUCCCUCCCCGGUAGAUCUUAGGAUUCACUGUUCUUUUUAAUUUUUCAGGCUAUUUUUGUGUAAAUACAAUUUUUUUUAUUUCUAUUAACCAUGUUUCAAUUUUGGGAAACCAGAUCAUACUAUAUUUUCUUUAGCAGUUGGAGAUACCUGACCAUUAUAAUUUCAGAAAAUAGAAAUUUAAAAACUAUGAAAGUAGUAGGGCUUCCAUCAAUUGUAAGGAUCACAGACAUCUUUUAUACUAAGGGUUUUAAUAGUAAUCUUGGUGAAGGUUCUAAAAGUUUUAAAUUUUGAAACUAAUCAUGAUUUUUUAAAAUGUAGGCUUGAUUAAACAAAAAUGAUAGUAAAUUAGGGUCAAAGUAAUUUCAACCAAAUGAGAGCACAGAUUCAGAAAUUUAUGGUCAAAGGUUUACGAAGGUGGUAUUUUUAAUCUCUUAGUUGCAGGUGCAGUUUCUUCCUUUGACUUCUGUAUCUGUUGAAAAAUACAAACAUAAUCUGUUUCCACUUCACUCUUGAUAAUAUCUGAUGUUAACAGUACUGCUUGGGAUUUAACUCUAGUGUGUAGGCACUAGCAUAUUUAAAAUUUCUUUUGAAGCUGGGGGUUGUAUUUUCGUUCUCACCCGAUUAACAUGUAUACUUCAGAAGUAUGAGAACCCUUCUUAAAGGGUUCUCCUUAAUCCUGACACUGCCUUUAUUCUAGAAUCUUGUUUAUAUUCCCCUCAGCUUUUGUCCACUUCCCUAACUGACGGAGUGAUUCCUGUCAAAAGAUCUCUCUGCCUGCCUUCCAGCUUGUGCCCUUGGCUUCCAUUUUUGGUAAGUUUAGAACCGCGCCCCAGUCUUAGGCCUAGAUGGCAGGAGUAGGUGGCCCUAGGAGCUGUAGUUGCAAGAGUCUUGUCCCUUUGAGCUUGCUCACCCUUGAUUUGUUCUGUGCAGAGAAGCGACAGGCUAACCUGUGUAGACAUUGUGUGGCCACAGCAAAGGCCUUUGCCUGGGAAAACUAGAAACAAAAAAUUGAAAAACACACCCUCAAUUGUUUAUUUUUGUUUAGUAAUUUAUUUAAAAGUGAACAAAAUGGUCAUUCAAGUCCAAAGAGAAUCUUAAAACAGUCCUAUUCUUUGAAAGUAUUAUGUGUGCUCAAAUUUUCAUUUAAGUUUGAGAAUGCUUUGAGACUAGAUUCUUUUUAAAACUGCUUGGUCCUUACAUGAAAAAAAAAUGUGUUAUGAUUUUGUGUCAUUAUUUGAGGAGUUAAGGAUUGAUGUUGAAGGUUUAUUCAGUCUAUAGUCAGGUGAUACUAAAUUUUAUUUUGGGCUGUUGGCAUUUUAGGAAGAUUUAAAGUUGAGGUAAAAUCAUUAGUAGGCAAAAUAGCAAACCCUCCUUACUCAUGUAAAAAUUUAAAUACUGUGUCCCCUACAUUUUCUUUCAUUAUGUUCAGAGUUAGCCUAGAUUAUUCCAUUCUAAAUGAAAAUUAAGCACUUUGGCCAUUUGUUUUCUCAACAAAUGCUAGUCAAGUGAAAGGAUAAGUUACUAAUACUAGUGUAUGUAUUGAACGUUUAUGCUGUUUUAUACUUUUUGUGAGAAAUUUUUGUUAAUACCAGAGUGAGGGAAAUAGAUUCAGUAAAUUCUUUAACGUUUCCAUUUUUAAUUUCUUAAAAGAUUUAAAAACCUAACAUUUACUUUUUUUACUUGGAUUCUUCUUUGUUCUUUAAAAUACUUUUCUUUAAAAAGAUGUAGUUUAAGACUGAGCUCACUGACAUCUUUUGAUGUGUGAAUGUAGUUGCUGAGUUCACAGAAAAGAAAUGGAUAUUCGUAUGUGAUCACUAAGGACUCGCUAUAUAAAUUUAUACUUAAAUUUGUUUGGCUUAUUCUUAAACCAUAAGUGCAUUUUAAUCAAGUUUCAAAACUUUUUGUUCACACAAGAAAGAUUUUGUCACAUAUUAUCUCUAACAGAAAAUGUUAUUUUGGAGUUUAUAGGUAGCAGAGGGAAAAAGUUAAAUCGCAUGGAAAAAAUCUAACUCAUAUGGAAAAAACCUAACUUUCACGUUCAGUAACAAUGAGUUUCUAUGCUCAGUGAGUGAGUAUAGAAUUUAUAACAAAAUUUAUCCUCAGUUAGGACUCUAAAUAAAACUUAAUAAGAUUACUUGUACUUUUUGCAAAAGGCAUUAGAAAAACAGAAUUACAGAGGACUGAAAUCUGAUUUCAACCAGGUAGUUGAGUGUCCAGUCACAUUCUAUAGUUCUUUGUGAAAUGCUUUUUUCUGUUUAGAAGUCUUUAUUUGUGAAGGGAGUUCACUGCAGUUUGUGUAAAUACAUAUAUAUUUCCUUGUGUAAUAUAAAGCAGACAGUUAUUAGCAAAGUUUUAGUCCUACUUUCAAGUUUAUUCAAUUGCUAGACAUCACAGAAAUAUAUUGAAGAGUUUAUUAUAAAGUUCCUCUACAACUUUGAAGUGAGAGGGUCUAUUAUGAUUUUUUUAUAAAAUCAAAAAUAGCAUGACAGAAUGUCAAUCUUCUACUACUUAAAAAUGUGUCUAUAUUCAUGGUGUUUCCACUCAGUGCAGAGAAUUAUCAUGGCAAGGAUAAAAACUACUAGUGAUUAAUGGUUCACUUUUAGCUGACCACCAGAACACCACCUAAAAUGGUUUCAGUGACUUUAGAAAACUAUUUUGAAAGCUUAUGACUGCAUCAAGUUGAGUGUUUUAUCUGGCACCUAAAUAUCUGCUCUUACACUCUGCUUUACCCAUAGGGACUACCUUCUAAGGUUUGGUCACACCAGCAAACUGAGACAGAUCUUAAUGUAAAUAAAGAAUUUAUACUAAUAUUCCUCAGCUGUUUAACAGUGUUUUAGAAAUUUCUGCCUUGUUUGUCCACUAGUAGCAAUACUGUGUUUAAAGUGUUAAUCCAGUCUUUCAUGGGUGUGAUUAGUUAGUAAUGUUUAUGCUUCUGUUCACAUACUUAGUAUCAAGCUUUAUUUGUACAAGAUAGUUAACUUGCUUAUUUUUGGUUGUGAAAAAUAAGCAAACUUCAGCUCUGUAUCCAGUGCUUACCUUUAGUUGAUUUUGUUUCACCCUCCAAAACUUGUCACUCACUCAUUCCCCAUUUCUAUUAGUGGCAAAAUCAUUGGUUAAAAUCUGAUUGUAAGGUAGGUUCCACUUAUGUUAUCUUGAAGUAAUUGUAUCAUACUGGAUAGUCAUUCCCAAGAAACUAGCCUUUCUUUUCCUAAGUGUUUGUGUGUUCCAAAACUUCUACCUACUGUUUAUAUAACUUAGGAAAGAUGUUACAUUAUUCAGAAUAGCAAGACUUAUUACUCAAGUACUUAUGUUUGUUUUCUUAGUAGUUUUUUUUUUUUUUUCAAUUUUAACAGUAGUAACUAAACCUAUAUUUUGUGAUUGUUUAUGUUUUGAAAUUCCUUCCCUUUUCCCUAAUUUCAUUGGUGAAGAUGUGUUUAGAUACUGGAUUUGUUUACACUGAUUUUGUUAAAGCCACAAUUAAUCACAUUGGUUGUACUUUCAAGACAGACUUUAAAAAAAAAUAAACAGAAUUGAAAACAAUUAACGUGAUUAUAAAUUAAUACAAUAUAUAAACACCCUAAAGCUCAGUCACAAACAUACUCAGAUCACAGAUGUGCUUUUGACUAAAACAUGACCUUCUUAAUGUAAUCUAAGUAACUGCAAACACUUAUUUGCCUUUAAGGGCAUUAGUGCAGUCUUUUUACCAUUCUAAAAAUAUAAAUAUACUACCCUAAGUUUAGAAUAUA